AUUAAUGAAAACGAUUACCGCAGUAAAGUUACUUUGGAAUAUGUUUCACGAAUAUUAGAAAGGAAAAUCUAUUUUACCACACCCCCCAAUUUUGCGAAAAUGGAAUUUCCAUAUAUUAACAUGGCCGAAGAAAAAGAAAUCCAU